AUGGCUUCUUCCGACCAAGAACCCCUCAUAAACCCAAAUCGAUCUCUUCAGAGCUACUAUGCGUCCCUCGAAUCGAGAAUUGGCUAUCGCCUUGUGUUAGGGGGUACCAGACAUUUUGGGUAUUAUAAUGCGGGCACGUAUUGGCCCUUUCCUAUCAGUGGGGCGCUUAGAGCAAUGGAGGACCACCUCUUUGAUACACUCGGCCUAGAGAAAGGUGCGCAAGUGCUGGACGCUGGUUGUGGAGUUGGACAUGUGGCCAUCCACUUGGCUCAAAGGGGACUGCUCAUGCAAGGCAUUGAUGUUGUCGAACGGCACAUCCAAAGGGCUCGGCGGAACAUAAAGGCGGCUGGUCUUGAGAACGCUAUCACCGUCCGAAAAAUGGAUUAUCAUCACCUAGAAGGCUUCGCAGACGAGAUAUUUGACGGCGCGUAUACAAUGGAGACGUUUGUCCACGCGACAGACCCCGAAGCAGCAUUGGCAGAAUUCUACCGUGUGCUCAAGCCUGGAGGGACCAUGGCUCUCUACGAAUAUGACCAUAGCAACCUCAACUCUGCACCCAAUUAUCUGAAGGAAUCGAUGAAGAAAAUCAAUGAAUAUGCAUCUAUGCCCUCCCAUGCACGGUUUGAUAAGGGCGUCCUACAAAAGAUGUUGGUAGAGGCUGGUUUCAUGGAUGUAGUGGUCAAAGAUCUCACGGCCAAUGUCACGCCUAUGCUACGGUUGUUCUUUGUCCUUGCCUAUAUUCCAUAUUUGAUCAUCAAGUUCUUGGGCCUUGAAGCUUGGUUCGUGAACACUGUGGCUGGAGUCGAGGGUUAUCGAGGGAGGCAGUUCUGCAGAUAUGUCGCAGUAUCGGCGAGAAAAACUUCGGACGAAUCGAGUAUAUCUGGCGGCGUCCGUGAAAGGAAGAAGACUUAG